AUGGCUGCCGAAACAGCUGCAAAGAGAGUGAAACCAGAUCCUCUGAUCAUUGGUACUCACAAUGGUCAUUUCCAUGCGGAUGAAGCCCUUGCUGUUUACAUGCUUCGCCUCCUCCCCGAAUAUGCGUCUGCUUCCUUGGUCAGGACUCGGGACUCCUCUCUUCUAGACGUUUGUCACACAGUCGUUGAUGUUGGAGGAGAAUAUGACCCUUCCAAACAUCGCUAUGAUCAUCAUCAACGCACCUUUGACGUCGUGUUUCCUGACCAUAAGACGAAACUGUCCUCGGCAGGGCUGGUCUAUAUGCACUUUGGCAAGGCCAUUAUUGCACAACAUACCAAACUCCCCGUCGAUCACCCCGAUGUGGACUUAAUUUACCGCAAGCUCUACGACGACUUUGUGGAGGCAGUGGACGCCCAUGACAAUGGCAUUUCAAAAUACGAUGAUUCCCAACUGAAACAGGCUGGCAUCGAAAAGAAGUUCAAAGACGGUGGAGUCACACUUGCAAGCUUGGUCAAUGACAUGAAUCAUGAGGAUCCCUUAACUCUGGGAGCUCCUUCAAGAAGUAAUGAGGAUCAACCACAAGCAGAAGAAGACUAUCGCUUCACCCAGGCCUCUGCCUUGAUGGGCAAUGCUUUCCUCCGCAAGCUUCACGGUGCUGCUACAGCUUGGCUUCCUGCUCGAAGUAUCGUCAAGGAUGCAUUUCAUUCACGUGCCAAUGCCCAUCCUUCAGGUCAGCUUUUGGUCUUGCCCCGUGCUGGUAUCCCCUGGAAGGAACAUCUUUACAACAUGGAGGAUGAAGUAGAUCUGCCUGACAACCAGAAAAUUCUUUAUGUGAUCUACCCCGAAAAUGAAGAGCCCGGUUCCAAAUGGAGAAUUCAAGCCGUCAGCAAAGACCUGUCGAGUUUCGAAAAUCGAAAAAGUCUUCCAGAACCAUGGCGCGGUGUGAGAGAUCAAGACCUUGAUGCUUUAUUGGGGGAUGAUGUUCAAGAUGGUGCUAUCUUUGUUCAUGCAAGCGGCUUCAUAGGCGGUCAUAAGACGGAAGCUGGAGUUCGUGCUAUGGCUGCUUUGGCUUUGGCAGCGUGA